AUGGUUCCCGCCAGAAGUGGUGUUGAGAUGUCCGUUCCUGCCAAACCGUGGUCCGUGUGCGCUAGCAGUGUCGCGCGCAACACGCACAACCCUAUACGCGCCAUUGUGGAGGGGUUGCACAUACAACCGCAUCCCGACAAGCAAUUGAUCGCGCUGUCAAUAGGUGACCCAACGGUAUUCGGGAACUUAGUUCCGCCGACGGAGGUGAUAGAGGCAGUGGAGGAGAGUCUACAUAGUCAGAGAUACAACGGGUACGCUCCUGCAUCAGGAUACCAGGAAGCAAAACAGGCUGUUGCUGAUUAUUCCUCUCAUUCAGGCCUGACUGUUAAACCUGAGGACGUAGUGCUGUGCAGUGGGUGUUCCAGUGCUAUAGACCUGUGUAUAACAGUGUUGGCCAACCCAGGCCAGACUAUCCUGGUGCCUUGUCCAGGCUUCUCCAUCUACCGCACCUUGGCCGAGGGGCUGGGCAUCAACGUCAAGACUUACAAAUUGAUGCCAGAUCGCAACUGGGAGAUAGACACACAAGACUUGGAGAGACAGAUAGACCGAGACACAGUGGCUAUUGUGGUCAACAACCCGUCAAACCCGUGCGGAUCUGUCUACACAGUGCAACAUCUGGAGUCAGUGCUGCGAGUGGCAGAGCGGCAGAGGGUACCUAUCAUAGCAGACGAGAUCUACGAACAUCUGGUUUUCCCUGGCAACAAAUACCAUCCACUGGCCUCCCUUGGUAGUAAUGUACCAAUAUUGUCUUGCAGUGGACUCACUAAAAGAUUUUUGAUUCCUGGGUGGAGAAUGGGCUGGAUAAUCAUCCAUGAUGGACAACAUAUCUUCGGAGAAGAGAUUCGCCGAGGCCUCCAGAACUUGAGUAUGAGGACCAUUGGCAGCAACACUCUGGUCCAGGGAGCUCUGCCUCGGAUACUCAAACACACUCCGCAACAGUUCUUUGACAAGACGAUAAAAACGAUACAUACACAUGCUAUGAUUGCUUUUAAGAUGUUGUCUGAAGUUCCUGGAAUACAACCUACUAUGCCUCAGGGUGCAAUGUAUAUGAUGGUUGGAGUAAACCUGUGUCAGUUUCCAUUGAUUUCUUCAACCCUCGAAUUUGUGGAGAAAUUAGUAUCUGAAGAGUCAGUGUUUUGUUUACCAGGAGAGUGUUUUGGAUAUCCCGGUUACAUACGGCUAGUUCUGACUGUUCCACAACCACAGAUCAUUGAGGCUUGCUAUCGUAUUCAAAUGUUCUGCACCAGACACGUCAAUGAGAAAAGGGAAAUUGUCUUAUUCCACCCAUCGUUUAGUCUUCUGCGGCAACCAACCUCUGCCUGAGAAUACCCAUGUAAUAUACCGGUAUGAGGUUGAUAUAUUUCUUGAAAUUUAAAUUAGUUUUCAAAGACACCCCGGUAUGGUUUGGCUAUUAAAUUACUGUUUUGCAGCAGUUAAUACAUCUUUUAGAGAAUGAUUUUUUGCUAUGAAAGUAGUUGAAUUGCAUUAUUUACUGAUGGGGAUUUAUUUAGUGAAUCACCAAGGUGACGUUGUUGUUUUUCUUUGGUUUGUGACAAACAGUAUCAUUACAAAUGUACAUUACAGUACAUUACAAAUGUAUGCCUUUAGCACAUUUUUCAUCAUUUAAUACCUUUUUCACACAUUUUGUCAUUCCUACGAUUGUAAGAUAAUUAUGGAGACGAGA